CUUCUUUUUACAUACUUUAUCAACACUGAAUAGAAACAAUAUAAAUCUCUCUCUUUCUCUCUUUUUUUUUUUCUAUAUUUCUUUUUAUUUUGUAUUACAUUGGCUAUUACCAAUGCUGGAUCAAUUACCUUUAGAGGUUUUAUAUCAAAUACUAGUAUAUGUCCCUUUUGCCACCUUCCAAAGCCUUUAUCUGGCUCUACCAGAACAAGUAAUUGAUACAGCAUUACUUCUCAAAAUCAGACGACAAUAUGGUGAACAAAGAAAAACCCUUAUGGAACUUGUAUCUACUAAUCUUCAUGAACUCAUGGCUCCACCUCAACAAUAUUUAUCGUCUAGUAUAUACCAGUUAUAUCAAGAAAAAACGACCAAUGAAUCAUCAAUAUCACUCUUCUUUAAAUAUAUGGAUAUGGAGAAUCGAAUUAUUUGGUUAGCCCCUGAUAUCAAUUCAACACAAUAUUAUUUUGAAGUUAAGGAUUUUUAUGUAUCACAUGGCAAGUUGAUUUUACGACAAGGAGGAUGUAAUAAAGUAUUGGAUUCUUUAUGGGAUAUUCGAAGCAAAUUUCCAUCCUCUCGCACUGGUGAUUUUUCUGGUAUAAGUAUGGAUAACAAUUCAUCACAGGAACAAUUUGGUAAAAAUAGAAUACAAAUACCGAUCACAAUCGACACUUCUUCUUAUGGACAAGAUACUAUGAAAACUCAAAUGGUUGACCGGAUAGAUACUACCAGUUGGAAUGGAAAAAAAGAUCAAUUACAAGCUAUUAUUCUCGAUGGAUGCUGUGUAUUAAUGUGUGAAAAGGGACAAGAUGAAACCGGAGGUCAGGACAGCAAUCAUCAAUCACUUUUUAUGACAACCACUCGAUACGGAUUUCCACCAAGACCUCCUAUAUCAAUGAAUUAUUUAAAACAACUACCAAUGGGUUAUUCCAGGUAUAUGGUAUCUCCUUGGCAGUCUACUUUUACUUGUGGUUACUUUGUUAUUGAACAGUUGGCAAUUAGUGUCUCUGAUUUUCUUUCUUUCUACUAGUUUUUAGAUUUUUAUUUAUCUUUAUUUUUAUUCUUAUUAUUUGUUAUUCAAUAUAUCUUUUAUAUAUAUCCUCUUUGUAUACAUUCAUUUAAUUGAAACAAAAUAAAAGAACUCCUUUCAUUUUGAUACAUA